AUGUUGGCUACCAAUGACACCAAAUCCCAUUCUGCAGUUUUUCUUCUCACCGGAAUACCCCGGCAGGAAAAUGUGCAUCUCUGGAUCUCUCUCCCCUUCGGCUUAAUGUAUCUGAUUUCCCUAGUAGGCAAUUCAUUCCUUCUGUUCAUUAUAAAAACAGACCCAACCCUCCAUGAGCCCAUGUACAUUUUCCUUUCCAUGUUGGCCCUUACGGACCUUGGCUUAUCGAUAACCACCAUGCCAACAAUCCUGGGCAUGUACUUGUUUAAUUCUAAUGAGAUCAGCCUCGAUGCCUGUUUUGCCCAGGUCUUUUUCAUCCACACACUUUCAUUAACUGAAUCCUCUAUACUGCUACUGAUGGCUUUUGAUCGCUUUGUUGCCAUCUGCAACCCACUGAGAUAUGCUUCCAUCUUAACUCCACCGAGAAUAGCCAAGAUGGGGCUGGUAUGUGUGCUGAGAUCGGUGGCCCUAAUAUUCCCAGUCCCUUUUCUCCUGAAACGAUUCCCAUACUGUCGAGUCAACGUCCUCUCCCAUUCCUACUGCCUGUAUCAGGAGGUCAUGAAGUUGGCUUGUGCGGACAUCACCGUCAACAGUAUCUAUGGUUUCUCUGUAAAACUCUUAACAGUGGGAUUGGAUGCUCUGUUCAUCUUCCUCUCAUAUGUGAUGAUCCUCAAAACAGUGCUAAGCAUCGUGUCCCACACGGAGAGCCGCAGGGUCCUGAACACCUGCGUCUCCCAUCUCUGUGCCCUCUUGCUCUUCUACAUACCUGAGAUUGGUUUGUCUGUGAUACACAGAUUCGGGAGUUGCUCUUCUCACUUGCUUCAGGUUCUCUUUGGAUAUGUCUACCUACUCAUCCCACCCCUGAUGAACCCAAUCGUGUACAGUGUGAAAAGCAAACACCUGCGUGCAAGGGUCAUCAGGGUGUUCAUCAAAUGA